AUGAAGAAUGAGCUUAAUGGGAAUUACUCAGAGGUGACUGAGUUUGUUCUACUAGGGUUCAGAACCCCCCCAAAGCUACAGAUUCUCUUAUUUUUUGUAUUUCUACUGAUCUACAUGGUCACUGUGGUGGGAAACGUCAGCAUGAUAAUUGUCAUUAAGAUGGACUCCAGACUUCAAACACCAAUGUAUUUCUUCCUUAAAAACUUGUCUGCUUUAGAUCUCUGCUACUCCACAGUUAUUGCUCCCAAAGCUUUAGUGAACUUCUUGUCUGAUGAAAAGAAAAUUUCUUACAAUGGCUGUGCAGCCCAAUUUUUCUUCUUUGCCCUGUUUGUCACAACUGAAGGCUUUCUUCUGGCUGUCAUGGCAUUUGAUCGAUUCUCAGCCAUUUGUUCUCCUCUCCUCUACCCUGUGCACAUGUCCCAAAAAGUCUGUGUUCAAUUGGUAACUGGAUCUUACAUCUGUGGAAGCAUCAACUCCAUAGUCCAAACGAGUUUCACCUUCAGUCUGCAUUUCUGUGGAGAAAACAGAUUGGACCACUUUUUCUGUGAUGUCCCAGCCCUGAUCAAGGUCUCAUGUGUUGACACCUCUGUAAAUGAGAUUGUAUUGUUUAUUCUCUCUGGUUUUAUCAUCAUUACCACCACAACUGUCAUUCUGGUAUCUUAUGCUUAUAUCCUCUCCACUGUCCUGAAGAUCCCCUCAACCCAAGGCAGAAGUAAGACUUUCUCUACUUGUGGCUCCCAUAUAGCAGCAGUGAGUUUAUUCUAUGGGACGGUGUUCUUUAUGUAUGCCCAGCCCGGAGCCAUCUCCUCACCUGAGCAAAACAAGAUUGUGGCUGUGCUCUAUACACUUAUAAUACCAAUGCUAAACCCUCUAAUAUACAGUUUCAGAAACCAAGAUGUGAAAGAUGCUGUGAAAAGAAUAUUAUGUGGGAAAUGA